AAACGGCGGGAUACAACGCGCGGACAUUAUUUAUCAGAGGUGUGUCUCUCGCGCGAGAAUCAUGCAGGCCCGAUGCCAGGAAUGUGCUUUAUCAGAAGCACCAACCGAUAACAAAAGCUUAUCUUCGUAUUCAUAGAGGCAGGGGAACGAAAAUAUCUAAAACAAGCUGUUAUACGCGAGACAGAACCAAUACUGGAUAACUGUAUAUCAACGUGGAGGCAACAGGCUUUCUCUCCCACCUCCGGUAAAUAUUAUAAGUAUAGUCUGGUCUGACAUCAGUCUUUGUCUCUUAACUACCGGUGCAAGAUGUUUCGCUCAUCGAGUGUUUUAAUUUUGGGACUAUUGGGUACAGCCUUAGGAGUUGUACAGUAUCAGCCUGAAGCUGUGCACAUUGCUUAUGGAGAUGACAUCCAUGACAUAUCGGUCACUUGGAGUACGAUGGAUGAAACAGCGGAAUCCAUCGUCGAGUAUGGAAUUGGUGGUUUUGCUUUAACUGCUAAAGGAAAUUCAACUCUCUUUAUCGAUGGUGGCAAAAAAAAGCACAAGCAAUACAUUCACAGAGUUUGGCUCCGAGAUUUAACACCCGAUAGCAAAUACAUGUAUCAUGUCGGGAGCGAACAUGGAUGGUCCGAUUUGUUUUAUUUUUCAACUCCACCAGAGGACCAGAAUACGUGGUCUCCUCGGGUUGUGAUAUUUGGUGAUAUGGGUAAUGAGAAUGCUCAAAGCUUGACGCGAUUGCAGGAAGAGACUCAGCGUGGUCUUUACGAUGCGGCGAUCCAUGUAGGUGAUUUUGCAUAUGAUAUGAAUACUAAUAAUGCACAGGUUGGCGAUGAAUUCAUGAAGCAAAUUGAAUCAAUCGCUGCCUAUCUGCCGUAUAUGACUGUUCCUGGUAAUCACGAAGAAAAAUAUAAUUUUAGUAACUACAGGGCUCGUUUCACAAUGCCUGGCGAUUCGGAAGGGCUUUGGUACAGUUUUAAUAUGGGUCCAGUUCACUUUGUUGCCAUUGAAACUGAGGCUUAUUAUUUUAUGAAUUAUGGACUAAAACAAAUGAUCAAACAAUUCGAAUGGCUCGAACAGGACUUGCGCGAAGCGAAUCGUCCUGAAGUCAGAGCUAAACGACCAUGGAUCGUUACCUACGGCCACAGACCCAUGUACUGCAGUAAUAGUAACGCCGACGAUUGUACAAAUCAUCAAUCGUUGGUCAGAGUUGGAUUACCGUUUUUCAAUUGGUUCGGUUUAGAAGAUCUGUUUUACAAACACAAAGUGGAUCUUGAAAUAUGGGCACACGAACACAGCUACGAACGUACCUGGCCUAUGUACAACUUUAAGGUGUAUAACGGAUCGUAUGGAGAACCGUAUAAAAAUUACAAAGCUCCUGUUCAUGUAGUGACAGGUUCGGCGGGUUGUAAGGAGGGUAAAGAAAAAUUUAUCCCCGUUCGACCAUCGUGGUCUGCUUAUCGAAGUUCCGAUUAUGGAUACACAAGAAUGAAGGCUUUUAAUAGAACUCAUUUAUACUUGGAACAAGUCUCCGAUGACAAGGAAGGCGCAGUUUUAGAUCAAUUAUGGUUAAUCAAAGAAACUACCUGGCCACAAUACUCUAUGGAUUAGUCACAAAAAACUAGAAGGUCUAUUUUAUUUAAUAAGAAGCAAUGAUCGGUUCAACUUUUAAUUUUUUACUACGAACUUCAAUUUAUCUUUACGUUAAGGUGCAUGCAAUUGGGGAUCAUAACUAGGAAUGUACGGAAAUCAAUGAUAACGACAUAUACUGUAUGAUCGUUUAAUUGUUAAAACAUAAAUAUAUGUAUAUAUAAUAAUAUA